GCAGAGGAGAUCAGCCAGACCUUGCAGUGCGUCUUGCUGAGGAGCUGGUAUAUCCACCAGUACUGUGCUUCAGAUACCAGUACAUGUAGAAGAAAAAAUGGAAGUUAUUGAGCUGGGAGAAGUCGACCUGAACUGUCCUUCCAACUGUCAAAUACAUAAUACCCAUUUCUUUGGAACUGACAGACAGAUAAUAAGGAGAGGGCAAGCAUUUAGUUUAUAUGCUCGCUUCCAAAAUCGAGAAUGGGAUGACUCCGUGGACCAGGCUGCUUUCACCGUGGAGACAGGCCUCCGACCCUGUGAAUCAAAUGAGACAAAAUGCACCUUCCCAAUGGGCAGAUGUCUGGAUCAAACCUGCUGGAGUGCUUCCUACAAAGUUCAUCAGCCAAAAUGCAUCAGUAUCAGUGUGUUUCCUCCUUCCAAUGUCUGCAUUGGCCGUUAUAUUCUCAAUAUGCAAAUCACAUCUUGUGGUCACACAUAUCAGCGGUGUCUUGGAGAUUUUUAUGUCCUUUUUAACCCUUGGUGUGCAGAUGACUCUGUAUAUUUGGACAAUCAGGCCCAUAGAGAAGAAUAUGUUCUGAACGAACAUGGAAUACUGUAUGAAGGAGUCCACAAGCACAUAACCUCUCGACCAUGGCACUUUGGACAGUUUGAAGAUGGGAUUCUGGAUAUCUGCUUGAAGAUCUUAGAUAUGGGUGCGAGUUACCAUCAUGGCUCUGAUCGUGAUCACUGCUGGCGCAAUGACCCCGUGCAUGUCAGCAUGGUGGUGAAUCACAUGAUAAGCAGCCAUACCACUAACAGUAUCAUGAAGAUUCCAGAAAACAAUGAUUACCUGAAAGGAACAAAGCCAUUUUCCUGGAAUGGAAGUGUCCCUAUUCUACAGCAGUGGUACAGUGGCAGAUGCAGGCCGGUCAGAUAUGGGUACUGUGGAUCUCUUGCUUCAGUAAUGUGCACAGUGAUGAGAUGUUUGGGAAUUCCAAGCCGUGUUGUCACAAGCUUCUGUUUUCCUUGCUCAAUUGAGAAUCCCCUUGGUAUCAAUGAGAUUUUUGACUCUACUGGUAAAAACCUGUGUGGCAAAGACAAACUAUGGCGAUACCACUGCUGGAAUGAAUCUUGGAUGGCUCGCAGAGAUAUAAAUCAGUGCUGUGGUGACUGGCAGUGUCUGGAUCCAACACCUCUGGAAACAGGCAGAGGUUCAGCUUGCAGUGGUCCUACAUGGGUUCGGAGCAUCAGGGAAGGGGAACUGGACUUGGAUUAUGAUGGUCAUCAUAUGUUUUCUAGAGUAAAUUCAAACUAUGUUGGCUGGCUCUCCCAAAACAAUGCCAAAAGAACGAAAUUUUUCUGUGACACAUGGCCAUGUGGACAACGUCUAAUCACCAAGAGUGUUGGCAGUGAGCAAUUUGAAGAUAUCACUGGAGCUUACAAGUAUGAACUAGGUUCUGUGAAAAACAAAGAAGCCCAUUACCGGGCUUACAGAAGGAUUCACCCAGGGUACUGCAACGCUUCCAACUGUCAUAUCGACAGAGAGCUAUCGUCUCUGAAAAACCCAUUUCUGAGUGACUCCGGAAUUAACAUGAGGUUAAAGAUGGCCAACUGCCCAAUGUAUGGUGAAGAUGUCCAGCUCAACUGGCUGCUCGAAAAUUUGCGUAAUGAGAACAAAACCCUGAAGUUUAAUUUGUGUGCACAAAUUAUAACCUACAGUGGUGUCCCAAUGGAUCAAUUUUGGAAAGACUGUGUGACUGUCACAUUGGGUCCAAGGGAAGUGAAAAAAAUUCCACUGUGUAUAUCAUAUAAUCAAUAUGGACCUUAUCUCUGUGAUCACAACAUUAUGAAAGUGGUUGCUGUCUCAGACCCUGAGUGUGGAGAAAUUCUGAUGGUGAGCAGGGAUAUUGUAGUCAACAGACCACCUGUUAUUGUAAAGCUACUGAGCCAACCCAGACUGAAAGUACCAUGUACUGCAGAGAUCUCCUUCUGUAAUCCUCUCCAGGAGGAUAUGAAGAAUUGUAUAAUGACAUUAGAAGGCUGUGGUUUAUUCAAAGAGCCAAUGACCAUUGAUUUGGGAACGCUGGCAUCCAACCAACAGGCACGGACCAUUGUGGAGUUUACACCUUACAGGCUUGGCUGCCACCGGCUCCUGGCCAACCUUGGGUGCCACAAGUUUGCCUACUGCAAGGGAUGUGCCAAAGCUGAAGUGUGUUGCUCGGCAGGCCAGAAUGGUGUCCUGCCCAUUGGCCAGAACGGGUCUCUCCCCGUGUGUGAGAAUGGCUCCGUCCCCAUGAACGGCUCUGGGGGAGCCGGAACUGCUGUCCCUGUGGCAGACCCUGCCUUCAACUCCAUGUGUGAAUAUAUAUGUAUCCCAGUGUGCAACCCAAACUGCAGCGCAGGAGGACAGCCAGUGUAUGAUUUUGUGUACCUCCCUGCAGGCCAUCCCUUAUGCAACACCAUCUGCAACCAAGGCUUCAAUCCAAGCAUCAAUCCUGGUUUUGAGAUGGGAUGCGAUCCUGGCUUCCGUGUCAUAUGCGAGACUGUACCUCCUGCUACGUGUGCUCCAAUGGCUCCAUCCGUGUACAGCUCCAUGCCAGCCCCAGCAUCCAACCCUGUUUGCACCACUAUGCCUCACGUGGUGUUUGAGACAGGUCCUGCUCCCACACACCCCUCUGGAGCUGGAGGGGGGCCAAUGUCCUAUUCUGUCUCUGUCCCCGCGAAUAAUGCGGUGAGUGCGCUGCUGACCCACUUCAUGGGUGGCCCCAGUCCCAAUGGGGCAACCCAGGCAGUCCCUAUGUCUGCUCCGCCAUCCUACUCCAUGUGCUCUCCAGUAAUCCACACCAUAGGCAACCCCAUCCAGUCUGCAACCCCCCUUUCAGUGCCUGGUGCCUCCAUCUCACACGUCGUUUGCAGCUCCACACCCUCUCCCACCACCCAGCCUCCGUGCGGCCCAGCGGCCACCCUGUCCUCCCAGCCCCUGAAUGCCGCCGUAGCGCACGGCAUGUGCUCCCCGGUGGCCUCCCCGGUGCCCCGUGCUGCUGACCGCAGCAGCACCCCGACAGUGCUGCACGUGGGCAGUGCCUCUGCAUCCCACUCGCUGUGCUCCCCGGCGCCCCAGCGUCCCGUGGGACCCCCGGCCUCCCACUCGCUGUGCUCUCCGGCCCCCCGCCCCGUCGGGCCCCCCGCGGCCCACUCCCUGUGCUCGCCCACCUCCGCCUCGCUGGUGGCCGUGGGAGCCCGCCCUGCCAGCUCGCCGGCCGCUCAGCCCCUGGACUCCUCGGCUGCUGCCUGCCUGCCGUGCUCCCCAUCGCCGCGCCCCCUGGCAGGUCCCACAGCCCGCUCCCUGUGUGCCCCCACCUCUCGCUCCAUCUCCCAGCUUGUGGGCACCUCUGGCUCUCGCUCCUUGUGUGGUUCUCAGUGGGGCCCUUCCUAUGAGACCACCAGUCGCUUUGGCUCCACGUGGGCUCCCACCUCCCGAUCCUUGUGGAGCCCCGAGGGGCGCUUGGGCUACUCCUCGACCCGUGCCACCUACGGCAGUCUUACACGCCCUCCCUACAGCUCCUUGAACCGCUCCUCCUACACCUUGUCCCGCUCUGGCUACGCUACCCUACCCCGCUCCACCUCCCCCUCUCCCUCUGCCUAUGCCGCCCUGACUCGCUCCGGCUCCUGCCCCUCUGGCAGUACCCUGGCUCUGGCAGGGUCCCGCAGGCCCUGGAGUCCCACAAGGAGCACUCUCACCUAUUUCAAACGCAGAUAUCUGUAA